CUUCCCUCGCCACCCGCCCUGACGACGACCUCUCUCUCUCUCUCUCUCUCUCUCUCGCUCUCAACCCGAAAGGCCAUCAUCAAUAACCAACCCCAAUUCCCAUUCUGCUCUACAGUCAACCCUGCAAUGAGUUAAUCCACCCUUCAAUCUCUUCUUCUUCUUCUUCUUCUUGCGCACUUGAGAGAUGGUGCCGCAAAUGCGAUUCUUCAUCUUCCUCUUUGCCUUCGUCUUCUCGAUUAUAACCCCGGGUGGUGGUGGGCUGAGCUACACAAAUGCGGCCGAGAAGGAAGCAUUAAGAAAUAUUCAGAAACGAUGGAGAAUAACUACCUGGGAGACGUUACUGUCGAUUGAUCCCUGCGACCGCUUUAAACCGUGGAGGCGAGACGGUGAGAAUGCCUGGAUCAAUUGCAGCUGCGACCCAAACAACAGCUGCAGCAUCAUCGAAUUGAAGGUUUUUGAAAUGAAUGUCUCUGGUAGGAUUCCGGAUGCCCUCUUCAAUCUGACCAAUCUUGUCAACCUGAACUUGAGUCGCAACAUUUUGAAUGGUUCAAUCCCCGAAGACAUUCACAAACUCAAACGCUUACGUAUCUUGAGCUUGGACAAAAAUCAAUUUUCGGGUAAUAUUACUCCAAGUAUUGGCAACCUGACUAAUUUGACUUAUCUAAGUUUGGGUACAAACAGAUUCUCUGGGGGCAUUCCCAGUACAGUUGGGAGCCUUACCUUGCUGGAGCAAUUGUACAUUGACAGCAGUGGAUUGAGUGGACCACUUCCCAGUGACUUGGCAAAUAUGACAAGUCUUAAGACGCUAUGGGCUUUUGAUAAUGACUUCACUGGAAAUUUGCCAGAGUCCAUUGGACAGCUUACUAAUCUCACAGAUCUACAGAUAUAUGGGACAUUCCUUGAAGGACCUAUCCCCAAAAAGCUCUCAGCACUAACAAAGCUGGAAACUCUAAAACUUGGUGAUCUAUCAGGUGCAGAUUCUAAUUUAUCAUUCUUAGAGAAUAUGAAAAGCUUGGUCACUCUUUCUUUGAGAAACUGUCAAGUUGCUGAUGAAAUUCCCCCUUUUCUUGCAAACUUCUCCAACCUAACUUACCUGGACUUAAGUUUCAACAAAUUGCAUGGUUCUAUUCCAAACUUAUUUGGAAAGCUUGCUACCUUACGAUAUCUGUUUCUGGGGAACAACGCGCUGAGUGAUUUAUUUCCUAGUGAAGUUUUCACUGAAAAUAAAAAUCUGACUACAGUAGAUGUUUCCUUCAACAAUAUCUCUGGAUCUCUUAGUAGCAGUGAUUUAAGGGAAGAGUUAUCAAUGAAUUACAUUGGAACUUCAAUGAACAAACAAAGUGAUAGCCAACCUUUUCUGAAAUGCAUUGAAAUGGAAUCAAGUCCAUGCACUAGCAGCUAUCGCUGUAUGUGCUGCUGUGGGUUCAUUUUCUGUUAAUUGCGGUGGGAAAGAGUUGUCUUUGUCAGGAAUUGAUUUCUUUAGUGACACUACACCUCUAGGAAUGGCAGACUUUUACAUUAGCAGUAACCAUCGAUGGGCUGUGAGCAGUAGUCAAUCUUUCAUUUCAAAGUCCAAUGGUUCCAAUUUUAUAGUGAACACAGAUGAACCCAUGCCAAAGUUAUAUCAAACAGCACGAAUUUCAACAAGGUCCUUGAGAUAUUAUGUGGUUGGUUUGCAAAAUGGAACUUACAAGGUGGAACUCCUCUUUGCUGAGAUUGUCAUGGAUGAUACACCAUCUUGGACUGGUCUAGGAAGGCGGAUAUUUAACAUUUAUAUUCAGAAUCAAUUAGUUGAACAAGAUUUUAAUAUAAUUGCGGAGGCAAAAGGAUCUAAAAAACCUUAUAAUAAGACCUACAAAAUCACUGUUGCCAACAACAUAUUGGAUAUACAUUUGCUCUGGUCUGGAAGAGGAACUUGUUGCAUACCAGCCGAAGGAACUUAUGGGCCAUUGGUGUCUGCAAUAAAUGUUACCCGAG